AUGGAGCUGGCGGCGGCGCUGGCGGGCUGCGGCGUGAGUCGCAAGCAGUGUCGACAACUGCGAGGCGAACUGCGGCUGGAGGAGGACACCUUCGAGGGCCUCCACCGACACUUUCGGCACGACCAGCGCCGAGUGGAAUCGGCUCUUCGGCGGCUCCUCCCGCAGGGGGAGGAGGUCAUUCAACUGUUGGAGUCUUGCGAGGAGCGGCCGGAUUUGAUAGGCACUUGGGAGGAACCCAGCGCGCCCAGCGUGCCCGGGCGCGCGCCGAGCACCGCGGCGGCGGCGGCCGGCGCCACGGACGAGCUGCGAGAGGUCUGGGGCGCGCUGCCACGCCUGCAGCUUGGAGAAUCCAUGUCCCAGGGGCACGAGGAGCGGGGCCGCGCGCUGCGGCGGCGCCUGAAAAGCCUGGAUGCCUCGCAGCAGGCGGUGCUCAAGGCACAACAGACGCAGCUCCGCGCAGCAGGCGCUGCCGGUGCGGAGGAGUACCUCACCAAUGUCUGGAGCUUGCUGCAGACGACCGAGCGGCGCGUCGAGUGGAUGGUGGACUUGAUCGCUGCGCAGACCUCGGAACUGCAGCGCGCUUUGCGCCGCGCCCUCGAACGCCGUGCUUUGCCACCUUCCACGCUGCUGGCGUGUGAGUCCCGUGCUGUGCGUGCAAAGGGAGAACUGCUAACUUUGCCGGAGGCGUACCUCCUCCAAAGUUUGUCGUUCUGCACCUGUGCCGAGCUUUGUGCCUUGGGCGCGGCAGGAGCGCAGCUGCAACGGCUUUGUGAGGAAGAUGUGCUGUGGUGCUUGCAUUGGGCAAAAUGGCGGUUGCCAGGACAGGUGCCCAACAGCGAGGUCCGGAAACAUUUCCUGAUGAUGCUCGCCACUCAAUGUGUCGAAUGUGGUGCUUUGACGGACUUCGAACAUGCCAUCCUGGGCUGCCGCCUCUGUGAGGCUUGCGAGCGAAGCCACAGCCGCUACGCGCUCAUCAGGAGCAGCUUGGCCAUCCGCGAAUUCCAGCUGCCUUUAUCGGCCAUGCAGCAGCUGCCGGGCGUCGAUGGCUCCACGGGCCGCGUGUUUUUGCGCUCCAUGGUGCAGCAGCUGGCGGAACGGCAACAUACUCAGGAGAGCUUGCAACAACUUCGUGCCAAGAACGACAUGGGCUACACCUCCUGCGGCCGCCGCAGCGAGCGCCAGUCGCGCAGGAACGCUGCUGGAGCACCGAGGCCUUCAAAGGACAGCGACCCGUGUUGCUUCGAAGCUACGGCGCUCCGCCGUGCGGAUCAGACCGACGAUCACCAAGCCAAGCUGUUCAUCCCGGUGUCAUACCUGCGGGUCCUGAAAGCCUCGAGUUUGGGGGGGGGCGAAUGGAUGUGGGUCAUGGCACUGGUCGGAGACCGAGCUGGGGCACACACCUACGGACGAUCGUCCGUCGUGGACUGGUCGGGCUCCAGGCGUUUGCUGGGCUUCCUUUGCGCACUGUGCGCUGCCGUGUCCUUUGGGAUCCAGUAUGUGCCGGUGAAGAAGUACGAGAUCUUCGAUGGUGUGACCUUUCAGUGGUUCAUGUGCGGCGGGAUCUUGAUGGCGGGUUUCUGCUCUUCCGUCAUCUUUGGUAACUUCGGCAUGUCGGAGGAGAAGGAUGCCAUGCUCAUCGUCUACGGCGGCGCGCUGUGGGCGCUGGCGAACUACUUGGUGCUGCCUCUGGUGAAGUUGUUGGGCAUCGGUUUGGGUUUUUCGCUUUACCACUUCGUGAACUUGGUCGUUGGCUAUGGCAUCGGCCGGUUUGGUAUCUUCAACAUGGAGAAGUUGACCGGAAAUGUGGAGAUCUGCGACAUUGGCUGCUGCCUCGUCUUGGUCUCCUUUGUCAUCAUGGUCUUCGUCGAGGAAGCGGGCGACAAACAGCAGGACCUGUCCGACCGGCAAGGCCUGGCGGAGUCCACCCAAGACGAGCUGACGGAGGGUGGACGUUCAGAGCAGCAGAGCAACCAGGACUUCCGAGAAAAGUACACGCGCUGGCGCGAAGAUCACGUGGCCCCCGCGCGGCGGCACUCGGUGAUCGAGGCCGCUGGUACCGUACUGGUCUCGUAUUCCACCGGUGAGACAGGCGGCCAAUUGAAGUCCGUGGGCGGCUUCUCAGUCGCCCAGCCGCCACGGCUGGUGGCGCACAGGUCCGAGGAGCCGAGCUCCGAGGCGAUGCCCAGUGAUCUGGAGGCGGCAGGCGACUUAGAGGCCCCAUCUCCAGGCGCUGCAUCUCGAGCGUCAAGAGGAGAAGCGGUCCAAAGCUUCCUCCAAGUGGCGGAGGCGUCGGCGGAGCCGAACACGGCAGCAGGCCGUGUCGGGCGCAAAGCCGUGGGGGUUCUGCUGGCGUUGUUGGCUGGCACCUUGACCGGUGUCCAGAGCCGCUCGGAGCAUGGUGGGGCCAUGCGGCCGCAUACAUGGUGGGGCCGUAUGGGGCCGGGAAUGAAGGAUGAUGCGGGCCCCGCAGCGGGUUUUCCCGCAGAGCGGAACCCCGCAGCUCCGGAGCCCUUCGCCUCGCAGCGCUUUGAGGUUCGACGUCGCCCCGCUGCGCGCCGAAAGCUGGCGGAAGGCUUGGAGGUCCAUCAUCGGGAACUGCGACGAGGAGGAUCUCGAGGAGCUGGAAGACACCUGGCGCCCCGCGAGCCAUUUCUCCACCGAGGGCGAGAAAGAGGUGACUGCACAGGUCCGCGGUGGUUUGGAGGCCAAGCAGCGCCGACAGGGCUGGUUUCUCCUCUCGGGCGCUGCAGCCAAGCGAGCGCAAGGCCCCAAGUACGAGGAGCUGGUCGCCGCAGGGCAGAACUUGGACCAGGAGGAAGCCGUACGUGUGAUCCAGGCGGAUUUGCACCGGACCGGUAUGGAGGGUGUGGACGUCGGGGCCCUGGAGAAUUUGCUCUUGGCCUUUGCCGCCAAGAACCUGAAGAUCGGCUACUGCCAAUCGAUGAGCUUUGUGGCAGCAACCUUGUUGAUGUACAUGGAAGAGGCCGGGCACGUGCACGCUGGGCUGUGCGGGACCAUUUGUCGGAGCGAAUGUUGGGUGUCCGGGCUGACCUGAAAACACUGGAGAAGUUGGUGGCAGAGGAAAUGCCCGAGCUGGCGGAGCACUUGAACCUUCAAGGUAUCGAUCUCGCCCCCAUCACCGUGAACUGGUUCCUUUGUCUCUUUCUCAACACCUUGCCCGGCGAAUGGUCGCACCGAGUCUUAGAUUCUGUGCUCUACGAGGGCUCCGCGGUGCUGUUUCGCUGCGCGCUCAGCAUCCUGUGGCUCCGCCGAGAAGAGCUGAGGACUUGCCUCUCCCUGCCCGACGCCUUCGCAUAUCUCCGAUCUCCCAUGGGCGAGAGCCCGUUGGAUGCGAACGAACUGUGGGAGUUGAUGUUUGCCUCGUGGCUGAACAACCUCUCGGGGCGCCUGAGAAGUCUCCGCGAGGAGCAGCUCCGCUUGAUCCUGCAGGGGGAGGAGGGCGAAGUUCGCCGGAAGAUCCUGCCCUCGUUUAGCUGGCCCGAUCUGGAAUGGCCGAGCAUGCCCUCGAUGAGUUUCUCCUGGCUCAGCCUCAGCCCGAAGUCGGAGAAAGGUGACAAAGCCGACAGCGCCCUUGCUGGUGCCUCGUGA